AUGAAGAACCUCAUCGAGCAAGGUCUGCAAGUCACCGCGAUCGAGCAAAACGGAUUCAUCGGCGGAAACUGGCAUCUCAGCCCUAGGAAGGGGCAGACCACUGCGCUUCCCUGGACAUCAUUCAACACUUCUAAACAAACUUGCCACUACACGGACUUCCCUUUCCCGAAGGAUGUCCCUACUCAUCCACCCGCGAAGGACGUCGAGCGUUACCUCGAGGCAUACGCGGACAACUUUGAUCUGAAGCGCCACGUACAAUUCUCGACGAAGGUUACCAAAAUCGAGCGCGAUGAUCAUGCCAAAAAGUGGAUCAUUUACACCCGCAGCACCAAGUCAGACGUUGAAGGCACGGCCGAGGAACAGCAAGUGUUUGACCGCAUAGUCAUCGCGACCGGCAUUCUCAAUGUGCCUGUUGACGUAAACAUCAAGGGGAUCGAGAAGUUCGAAGGAGAGGCCGUGCAUUCACGCGACUUCAAGGAGCCCAAUCACUAUGAGGGCAAGAAUGUUCUCAUUAUGGGCGUCGGAGCCACAGGCGUUGAUACACAAUCAUUUCUGAAAAGGGCCAACGCGAAGACGAUUUACCUCAGUCAUCGCGGCCAGUACUACUUGCUGCCUCGAAUGAUGAACGGCAAAGCCUUCGACCAUACGAUGUCUCUGCGAGCAAUGACAAUUAUCCGAACCCUUGGCGAUUGGUGGCCCAGAGGCUGCGCAAUGCUGUUCUCGAAAGCUAUGGUCAGCGCCCGUAGGAAAGCAUUCCCUUGGCUUGACAAGCAUCCGUCUUUCAUGUCCCCUCGUAAAUUGGACGGAGUCGAGCAUCGCAUCCCUACGUUUUCCAACGACCUGGCGGAUAACCUUCGGGAUGGCUCAGUGAAGGCGGUUAUGGGAGUCAAGGAGAUCACAGGACCCAAGUCUGUCACCCUGACUGACGGUACCGUGCUUGACGAUAUCGAUGCCAUCGUAGUCUGUUCCGGAUACCACUACGAUUUCUCCCUCAUCAAAGGCGCCGGAAACCCCACCGACGCCAAGAAGGCCCCCGACAACUACAAGCGGAUCAAUGCGGCCAAGUACAAGGACCCUCACGACACCCUACCCCGUCUUUAUCGCGGAUUCAUCUCUGAGCAAUACCCGGAGUCUCUCGCCGUGCUCGGGCAUUUUCUCAUCAUGGGCCCUCCAUUCGUGGUCUACGAUCUUGCAACGAUGGCACUGAGCAGUCUCUGGUCCGGUCAAGCGCCGAUCCCCGACCAGAAGGAGAUGACGCGAGACAUCGAUGCCCACUACGACAUGGUUGUGGAGACUCUCGGGCGCGGGCCGGUGCCGCACAUGGGUGCCCGGAUGUUCGGCAGUGACACCUUCAUCUGGUUGAACAAAAUUGCCGGUACCGGGGUGACUAAUCGCCUGCUAUGCUUCAGCCUUGACGCAUGGAAGCUCUGGUGGAAAGAUCGAAAGUUCUAUAACUUGCUUACGGAUGGGGUCAAUUCGCCGCCGUUGCUCCGUCUGUUCGACACCGGGAGGGGCCGGAAGACUUGGCCCGGCGCUAAAGAGGCCAUCAUAGCGAACAACGAGGACGUGAAGCAGCUUGGCGAGAAAUGGAAACAAGAGCAGGAUAAGAUGACAAAAUAG